UGCAGCGAUUCACAGCCAUGCUCACAAUGUCAUACACUGCACAAAUAAACAACCAAAGCAGAAACGUCAAUCACAGUGAAACGAAGGAAAGAAGAGCGGGCCCCGCGCCCCGCUCCCGCCCGGGCCCCGCGCCCCGCUCCCGCCCGGGCCCGCUUUGCCGCAUUGUCUGGCUCGCAGAGCAGCGCCCCCGCCCAGUCCCCCACCCCGACUCAAGCUGUAGAAAAUGGCGGCGAACGGUAGAGACGGGCCAAGGAGAGAAGGCAUGUGUCAGGAAACCUGAUUGGUCAGAUUUUGCCGCAGCCCACAAAUCCUCGAAACCCAGAGAGGAGCGUUUUCAACCCCAAACAGCCGCCGACGCGCGACCCUCGCCCGGCAGACGCACCAGAAGGGCACCGAGACGAGCGGCAACGGAGUUUGAAAGCGGCCGUUGUUUUACGCCAGGGGCGCGGAGGACUCCACUCUAAUUCCUGGAGUUCUCAAUCAGGUCGUCCCGCAGACACUAUACCGAGACUUCGUACCGCGUCCAGGGAGUCGGUGGGCUUGUGCCUGUGAUUUUACCAUGUCCGGUCGCGGUAAGGGGGGUAAAGGCUUGGGGAAGGGAGGUGCCAAGCGCCAUCGUAAAGUGCUUCGGGAUAACAUCCAAGGUAUUACUAAGCCAGCUAUUCGUCGCUUGGCUCGUCGCGGGGGGGUGAAGCGUAUUUCGGGGUUGAUUUACGAAGAGACCCGGGGAGUGCUGAAGGUGUUCUUGGAGAACGUGAUCCGCGAUGCUGUCACUUACACUGAACAUGCCAAGCGAAAGACCGUAACGGCCAUGGAUGUGGUUUAUGCUCUGAAGCGCCAGGGUCGUACUCUCUAUGGUUUUGGCGGCUAAACGG